ACUAGAUAUGUUUGCACGUAAAUACUACUGCGGUUUCAAAAGCUUCAGUUAAUCUUAGACUGUUGACUUGAUAACAAAUCAGUAAAGGAAAAGAAACUCGAGGGUUUGAUGAUGUUAAAAUCACGUUCGUUCUUCCUCUGUUUUUGCUUCCUCUACGGAAUGCACAGCGCAACUGCGACUCAAAAUUGGGCUCGUAAAUCGGACGUAAUGGAAAUAAAGACAAUGUUGUCGAAAAUGAAAUCUGAGAUCUUACUGGAACUAAAGGAAACAAUGAGGAAAUCAGUCGUCUGCAUCACUGAUCCUAAUACACUGAAAGGUAAGAACUGCGCUGAUUUGUACAACAAAGGUAUAAGACAGAAUGGAGUUUACAAGAUUGACCCAGACGGCAAGGGCAGUUUCAAUGUUCGCUGUGAUAUGACGACAUCUGGUGGAGGAUGGACGGUGUUUCAACGUCGCCGUGAUGGCAGUGUUGACUUCUACCGAGGAUGGAAAGAUUAUAAACACGGCUUUGGUGAUUUGAACGGAGAAUUCUGGCUCGGACUUGACAAAAUCCACAGAUUAACAACGGCUUCUGGAAAUAAGCUUCGUAUCGACAUGGAAGACACUUCUGGGAACAGAAAGUACGCAGAAUAUGGUUUAUUUGCUGUGACCAGCGAGCGUCAGAAAUAUCAGCUUAGUCUUGGGACUUAUUCUGGCAAUGCUGGAGAUUCUUUCUCUGUUCACAAAGGAAGGUCGUUUUCAACAAAAGAUUCCGACAAUGACGGACAUGCCAUUAACUGUGCUGUCAAAUUUGUGGGUGCUUGGUGGUAUGAUGUCUGCCAUAGAUCCAAACUCAAUGGUCUGUAUCAUCAUGGUGCACACAGUUCAUUUGCUGAUGGUAUCAACUGGCGUACGUGGAAAGGGUAUUACUAUUCCUUGAAAUCAACAGCGAUGAAAAUCCGUCCGCGAGCAUUUGGCCUGAGGGCGUAACUAUCAUUACCCGCACUCUGCAUUAUUCAACAAUGAAAACGAACAUGUAACUCACUUUAAGGCUCACAAAAAUAUGAUUUAGGGAAGUUAGUUAAUCUUUGUUAGUGAAGUAAUUGUCGAUUUUUUCUUAAUAAAUCUUCUCAAU